AUGAAUGAUUCGGAGACUAAAAGAAGAAAAUUUAUUCAUGUGGGCUCGGCCCCCGUGCAACUCAAAAUAGCUUCUCAAUCCGCCAAGAACUGCAUAGCAUACGAAAGCACCUACCAAGUUGAAAAAGAUUGUAGCUGCUUAAUAUUCAUGAGCAACGGGGGCAGUAGCGGAUAUUUUUCGAGCCCUGACUACCCCUUCAGGUACCCCGCCAACAUUUCAUGCAUCCUCUACACCUUCGUUGGAGAGGCCGAUGAAAUUGUGGAGAUAAAUUUAAUUAGUUUAAAUAUCUUUGGUGACGACGAUGGCGUCACAAACGCUGACGCUGGUGGUUCUAAUGAAGGCGAUAAUACAUGUAACGACUACCUCAGCUUCUUCCUGAACAUCGAGCGACCGGAAAUCAUGGAUCGCCAACUUCCGGAUCACGUGAUCUGCGGAAACUUGACCGGAAACGGAAAAAAAUAUUAUUCAUCCGACAGAAGCCUUAUUGUGGAAUUUCAUUCAGGACCGCGUGCUAAAAAUACUGGAAUUAAAAACAAAAACAUCAAAACAAACAACAACAUCAACAUCUACAACAUCAACAACAACAUCGGUUUCAACGCUUCGUUCAGAUUUAUCGAUAAAAGGGGCAGCUUAAAAUGGGGCACCAAAUGCUCGUACGACUUCCGGAGUCGAAAGACAAUAAAAAUUGGCGUCCUCUUCUCGCCCCACUAUCCUCAGACUUACCCAACCAACGUCACCUGCACGUACAACUUCUAUGCCCUUCAAACAGAGGUCAUUAGUUUGACCUUUACUCAUUUGAAGAUAGGACGUGGAGAUGAUGAUGAUGAAAGGUAA